AUGGCACCUGCACCUAUUCGGGGUACCUGGACCAAAAUUGCCGGGUCGGACCGAUUAAAGCGGUCUUCGCAGAACCUUGCCGUCGUCGGCCAACAAGUUUACAUAUAUGGCGGCGAAGUCACUGCCAGAGUGCCGGUCGACGGCGCUCUGGAGCUCAUAAACUUCAAUGGAAGUACCGCCCCUACUCCUCGCGUGGGUGGCGCAACCGCUGUCCUUGAUGGAGUUCUCUAUCUAUUCAGCGGUCGCGGAGGACUAGCGAUGACACCGAUCGAAGAAAAUGGUGGUAUAUGGAAAUAUACUUCCUCCACAGGCUGGGAAUUCAUUCUACCCAAACACCCGUCGGCUUCAUUCCCGCUCGGCCGUAGCUACCAUGCAGCUACAGCAAGCCGAGCAGAAGGGCUGAUAUACAUACAUGCGGGAUGUCCAGAGUCAGGACGGUUAGCCGAUCUUUGGAGUUACAACCCCAAAGAAAAUGUUUGGAUCAAACUCCCCGAUGCACCUGGUGCGUCUAGGGGUGGUAGUUCGAUAUGCUGUUUUGAGGAAUUUCAAUCUAAGACUAUUAAUGUCGCAAGAAUGAAUGGGUACUCUGGGACCGAAGAAAUCGGUGGGAUUAUUGAUAUAUACUCCCCGCGUAAUCAUUCAUGGGAGAGGGUGGUUUUUGAUCCAAACGGAAUAGAAGGUCCAGGUCCCAGGAGUGUUGGAACAUUGUUGACGGUUCGAGUAGAAGGGAAACAGUAUCUAUUCACAAUGUUCGGUGAGGGAAGGCCGUCGCCAUUAGGACACGCUGGGGCGGGAAGGAUGUGGGAUGAUGCUUGGAUAUUUGAUAUUGAAGAGAAAUCGUGGCAGAAGGUUGAGUGGGAAACAAUCGGACCAGCCCCGAGAGGAUGGUUCGCUGCUGAUGUCAUCGAGAUUGAGGGGAAGGAUGUGGUGGUUCUUCAUGGUGGGCUUGGAGAGGAUAAUGAGAGACUUGGUGAUGUUUGGCUGUUGGAGUUUAAUUAA